GUGCGCCAUCCUUCCACCGACCUCCUACACCCCGCGACCGUAUAUCUAUUCAACAUGUACGGUUAUCCUGGUGCUCCGGGCUACAACCGACCUCCAGGCUAUGCCGGACCUCCGCCUGGCAUGGCUCCGCCAGGGAUGGGCGCGGCGGCUCCUCCCGGUGUAGCUGCUCCUCCGGGCGUCGCAAGCGCGCAGGUCCCCCCAGUAGUGAAUGGAUCACGCGCCCUGCCAUCAGGUUGGCAAGCGCCCGCGAGCAUGCCCAAUUUCAACUUCAAUGCGCCCGUUAUUCGCCUAGGAACACAGGGAGGCCGUCCUGGAGGUGUCGACAGCCCGGCGGGCGGGCGCAGGGACAAUGCAGCACCACCCGCCCGUCGUGGACUGGGAAUGGACCGGGACGGUGAUCGCCGCGACAUGCCGCAGCCAGUCAACCCACCUACCCGCGAAGAGAUUGCCAGGACCAUAUUCGUUGGGAACAUUCCAGAUGGCGUUGGUGGUGACGAGGGCAUGGAGCGCAUCCUGGAGACGGCAGGAAAGCUAGUCCGCUGGACGAGGGCUACAGAUGCCAACAACAAGCCGCAGACUUUUGGCUUUGCCGAAUUUGCCGAUGCACAGAGUUUGGAGACGGCCGCUGAGAUCUUCAAGGAUGUCCGCGUACCUACAAAGCGCCAGAAGCCCGGAGGCGCAGGAAAGAAGGAGGAGGGCGAAGAAGAGAAAGAAGAAGAGAUCGAGACGACCAAAUUGCACGUCAUGGUCGACGAUGCCUCCAUCAGAUAUGCCGAGGAAUGGAGCAAGACCCGAAACGAAGAUGAGGCCACAGUCCAGUUCCGCCUUGACAGCGCAAAGGAAGCUCUUUCGUCCGUCCUCGCAAGCAUUUUCAACCCACCGACUGCGCCUAUAAUGGACUAUGCGGGAGACACAAUGAUGCAAGAUGCGCAGGCUCAAGACGGUGACGACGUGGAAGUGGCAUUCGUAAAUCUUGCUACUGGAGAGGACGAGUUGGCAGAUAUUCCGGCUGAGAUGCGAGAGAUUGUUGCCGCCGAGAUUGCUGCCUUCCGCGACCGUUCCAACCAACGCGAUCGCGAACGCCUGAGGAGAGAGGAGGAACUUGAAGCUGAAGAACGCCGCCGUAGUGGCAGACGCACGUCGCCACCUUCAUCUGCUCCCAGCGGACCAGGGAAUGCUAAUGGCGUGCCAUUGGGUCCACGGGCAGAACGAGGUGUCCAAGGGGCUCCUAGCGGACCCAAGGGGUCGCAAUUUCCUCGCGAUUAUCAAGCUGGAGUCAGCUUUGUUAAUGGUGGCGCCGUAAACAACGGAGUGUACAUCAGCCGGGAAGACGAUGACGACUCUGCUAGCGAUUCCGAACUGGAACGCCGUCGUCAGAAGAAGCGUAGUGAAGAGGCCGAAGAGGCGUACAAGAAGCAGCUUUCUCGAUGGCUCAACACUGAACGGCGAACUGUGGCCUCACUUGAGCGUACCAACGAUCACUUCAAGAACAUGGAUGCAGAGCGUGAGAAGGCUCGUGUCGCUCAGGCUAAGCAACUUCGAGAGUUCGAUGAUGAUCAGGAAGCAGCUUCUAGACGCGAUCUUUACUACCGCGACCACAGCGACUGGAUCCGUGAGCGCGAAAAGGUUCGCGGCCUCGAAGCCAAGGAAGACGCAAUCGAUCGAGACCAGGAACGGCGCGAGAUGGCCGCACAGAAGCGACAGCAGGACCAGGCACGUGGCCAGGCCGACGCUUUCUUGGAAGAGCAGGGCGAGGAGAUCAUGCGCAGGGAAGAACAGCGCGAGCCAGCGCACUUCAAAAUAUCUCUCGGUGCAGCCGCCAAGAAGCUCGAGCAGACUGCCGCUCCUCGUCGUACCGCCGCCGACGUCGAAAACCUUCUCGAAGACGAAGACCUUACCGACCAGCAGGGUACUAGGAAACGACCCCUUAUUCCCAUCAACUUUGAUGCUGCCGUCCGGGCCAAUCUUACCCAGGAAGAAAUUGAAGAAGCGCAGCGACAGCUUGCGCGUGAUAUUCCCAACGACAAGGAGGGUCUGUGGAAGUGGCCUGUCUCUUGGGAACAUUUGCCCGAGAAGAACAUUGACAAGGACAUCAAAGAAUGGGCUGGCAACAAGGUUCUUGAAGUCAUGGGUGUUCAAGAAGAAAUGCUGGUUGAUGCCAUUGUUGAACACUUGAAGAGUAGGGGCGAUCCACAGGCCUUGGUGGAGAAUCUGGAAGUUGCCCUCGAUGAGGAAGCAGAAGCUCUUGUGAAGAAGCUUUGGCGUAUGGUCAUCUACUACAGUGAGACUGAAAAGAGAGGUAUCAAAUAGGUUUCUCGCCUUGGCGUACAUGUUCAAAAGCCGGCCAUCACUACGUCUCAAGACCAAUGACUUGGGCAUUCCCCAUGGUUCGGGCGAGGUCCUCGGAUCUUGCAUCACGAUACGAAGUGUAGUUAAUGGGUAUCGAGAGAAUGGAGUAUCCAGUCAGGUCCGUCUAUUCAUUUUUGCUUUGUGCGUUGUUAACAAACAGG